UCGGCGGGAGAGCGGGCUGGACCUCAGCGAAGCUCAGGGUGGCUCGCCAUGUCUGCGGGAGGCCCCUGCGUGGGAUCGGUGUCCCUGGACUCCUCCAUGUCCUCCCUACCCUUGGCCGCGCUCAACGUGCGAGUGCGGCGCCGUCUCUCGCUGUUCUUGAACGUGCGGACGCCGGUGGCGGCCGACUGGACUGUGCUGGCGGAGGAGAUGGGCUUCGAGUACUUAGAGAUCCGACAGCUGGAGACGCGCCCUGACCCCACCCGCAGUUUGUUGGAUGCCUGGCAGGGGCGCCCUGGCGCGACGGUCGGCAGGCUGUUAGAGAUGCUGGCCGCGCUGGGCCGUGAGGACAUACUGCUGGAGCUGGGACCCAGCAUCGUGGAAGACUGCAAGAAAUACAUACGGAAUCAGGACAAGCAGGAAUCUGAGAAACCCUUACAGGUGGCCAGAGUGGAGAGCAGUGUCCCACAAACAAAGGAGCUGGAGGGCAUCACCACUCUGGACGACCCCCUGGGACAAACACCAGAGCUUUUCGACGCCUUCAUCUGCUACUGCCCUAGUGAUAUUGAGUUUGUGCAGGAGAUGAUCAGACAACUAGAGCAGACAGACUAUCGGCUGAAGUUGUGUGUGUCCGACCGUGAUGUCCUGCCAGGCACCUGUGUCUGGUCCAUUGCCAGUGAACUCAUCGAGAAAAGGUGUCGCCGGAUGGUGGUGGUUGUGUCUGACGAUUACCUACAGAGCAAGGAAUGUGACUUCCAGACCAAGUUUGCUCUCAGCCUAUCUCCAGGUGUCCAACAGAAGCGACUGAUUCCCAUCAAAUACAAGGCAAUGAAGAAGGACUUCCCCAGCAUCCUGCGGUUCAUCACUAUCUGUGACUAUACCAAUCCUUGCACCAAGUCCUGGUUCUGGACCCGCCUUGCCAAGGCUUUGUCCCUGCCCUGAAGAUGGCCCUGGCGGCCCUAGGUCUGUCAGUCUGUCCUUACUCUUCUGCUCGCCUCCUCUGGCAUUGUAGGAGGAAAUUUGUGGUCUGCCCAUCGCUGGAGGUUCUACCCCUGCAGAUGCUUCUGCAGCAGCCAAACCUCAUCUGGACACCAUCUUUCAAGUCUUGAAUGGUGUGAGUGAUGCUUGCUGGGUUGUCAGCCAGCACAGCGAUCACCAGGGUUGGUUGAGCCUAAGUAGGGGACCGGCUGAGCUACGUCUGAGCCAUCUUUGGCCUCAGUUUCUCCACCUGAGAAACGGGAUGUGGCGAUGAGGCAGGAACAUGGGGAGGCAUGGCCCUUGCUGAAGGAGAGCUGAUUAUGGGACCACAUCCUUGCCAGGAUGAUUGCGUCCAUGUCGGCCUCAUCUUCCUGUUCCUCCUUUCACAGGGCUAUGGGGAGGUGAGCUGACUUUGGCCCGGAUUCUCUGAAACUGGCCUAUCGGCAUCUUUGACCCGCCCCCCCCCAGCCUCAGCCCCGUGUCCAGUGGUCACUGGGAACUGGGACUGCUUUUCCUUUCCGUGUGGCUGCGUCUCUGCACAUGUCUCCGUUUGCCUCGCUUGAAGUGGGGUCCUGUCCUCUGACAUGCCUAUCACUUACAGUGCCUCCAGCAAGGCCACCAGGAUGAUGUAUGUCAUCAGGGAACCUUCCUCCCUGGCCCAGCAGCACUGAGACUUUCUAACAGUUUUCUGCACCUCCAUCCCCUACUUUGUUAACAAGUAGCACACACACAAGACAUCCUUUCCCCAGGGCUUGGAGGCGUGUGGUCCCAUAUAGUCUUGUUCAUGUAGAUACAUGUAAACGCUCUCUCACACACACAGGCAUCUGCGUAUGUGUGUUUACUUUGGGGCAACUCCCAAGAAUGGCUGAGUGGAAGAGUUCUGCCGUCAAGGGGGCUUGGCCAUCUCCCUGGACAGAAAUGGGGCACCCUUGCUACAUGCCUAUAAUUCCAGCAUUGGUGAGGUAGAGGCAGGAGACUCAGGAGUUGAAGGCUCUCCUCGGCUACACAUCAAGUUUAAGGCCAGCCCGGACCACAUGAGAGCCCAUCAUCUCCCCACGCCCAAAAGAAGGAAAAGAUGGGGGCAUUGUUAAUUUCUUCUCUCCUUUCUGUAAUCGUUGAAAGUAAAGUCUCGAAAGGCCCCAAAUGUGAGAGCCACUUGUGCCCCCAGCAAAAUGAGGUUGAAAAAGGAGAAGUCUCCUUAGACCACAACUCAGCAGGCUUGGCUGUUUACUCCAUAGCAAAAUGGUUUCCAAACUCCUCUCAAGUUCCUGUCACGGAGGAGGCAGUGUCACAGUCUCUGGUCUCUGUGCUCAGGGGACAUCCCGGGGUCCAGAAUCCAAAAAGAAAACAGGCCUCCCUCCCCUCAGGACCGGGGCUGGAAUGGAGGCCCCUUUGUAUCACCUCAUGAAACACGUCUGUGUUUGCUAGUAGGCAUUUUUUUUUUUUUUUAAAGCAAUGUGGAGAAAGAUUCUUCUGUACUUGUUUUAAGGUUUAAGAACGUCAGUGAGAUGAAUGGGGUGAAGGUUCAUGUUUGCCAUUUUAUACUUCUAUAUUUAUAGAAGUAUGCAUUUAUACUUAUAAAAAGUGUUUGUAAUACAAUUCUAUUCGAGAAAGCAAACUUGUGGCUGUGUCU